AUGCUUCACCACGAAGGUAUCCCAUCGCUUGAGGUAUACUCUGAUGAUAAUAUUAUAUCAUUUGAUAAAUGGGGAAAGAAAUUUUUAGAAAGAAUUAAGGUCUUUGGGGUAAAACUUUCAGAAGAAGAAAAACUUGCUCGCUUGUCUUUAUUUUUGGAGGACACACCCAAAAGAAUCUUUGAAGAAUUGUCUCCAACUCAAAAAUUAACGUGUGAAAUGGCACUUCAAAGCAUAAGAAAGGAGUUGGACUCUCCUCAACGACGUGCUCUCUCAAGGCAAGCGCUUUUAAUGUGCCGCCAACAUGAAGGUGAGUCAGUCAAAGAUUUCCUAUCACGCUUUAGACCUCUGGCAAUGGCUACAGCUGCUGACAUUUCUGGUCCAAACAAGGAACGGUAUCUGUGUGAACUUUUAUUAGAACGUUUGAGACCAAACAUAUCAUUUUGUAUGAAAUUACUAAACUUUUCACAGACAGAUAGAGGUUUUGAACAAUUAUGCUUAGAUCUUCGCGAAGUCGAAAUCAUGUUACCUGGAGGCACUGGAUCAAUGUUUGACAUGCCAAAUCAAGAAGUGCAUGCAAUGCAACAAUCAAAUUCCUUUAAUGUACCAGGGAAGUUCCAAUCACUAAAUCCCACCAAUCCAAAUAGACAAAAGCUCGGACAAAGGUGGGGACAAAGCAAAACAACCCUCGUCGAGACAUGA